GAAAGCAUUAUCUCAUCUAUUUCCUCAAAGAUAAUCCACCAAUGUCAUGAACACAAAUGAUCCACUCAAAUAACAAUCUGGAAAGGGAAGGCAUUUUCCCAACAUCAAACGAUCCAAGGCAUUUUCCCAACUACUUUGUCUGAAGGGCUAUCAACCACCGAGAUAGAGGACAUAUCUCCUGUACAUGAACCAGAUCACCAUUCAAAUGUAUCAAUAAUCAAUAAACAUCAUCAUCAUUUCAGAAAAUAAGUGUUUCAACGAGAAAAUCAACUCAAAUCAUGAUGGAGGGCGAGUCUCAUAAACAAAAUGGUGUUCUUCACAACUUCUCAGAUUUGCUCGAGUUGUCGGCUUCAAAUGAUCUGAAUGGUUUCAAAUUUGCCAUUGAGGAAAAGGGUCUCGACAUUGAUGAGUCAUGCCUGUGGUAUGGAAGGAGAAUAGGUUCAAAGAAGAUGGGGUUUGAAGAAAGAACACCCCUUUUGAUUGCUUCGAUUUUUGGGUGCAAGGAUGUGGUGAAUUAUAUUGUCAAAAGUGGUCGUGUCGACGUUAACAAGGCUUGUGGUUCUGAUGGGGCCACAGCUCUCCACUGUGCUGUUGCUGGUGGCUCCACGCAUUCACCCGAGGUUGUUAAAAUCUUGCUUGAUGCUUCUGCCGAUGCAAAUUCUGUUGAUUCUAAUGGAAAUCGACCUGGUGAUUUCAUUGCUUCAGCUUUUCGUAACUCGAAUUUGAACUCUAGGAAGAAGAUAUUGCAGACUUUGCUGAAAGGCGAUGGUUGUGUUGGUGAAAGAGAGGGUCUGGCAGCUCAAGUAGGAAAUGAGAUGGAAGGGUCGGGGCAGCAAGUGGAUUCAGUUCUCCGAGCUUGGAAAGAUGGAAAUGAGAAGAAAGAUUAUCCCUAUGAUCUCCCUUUUCCCGACAUUAAGAGCGGAAUGUAUGGGACAGACGAGUUCAGGAUGUAUACUUUUAAGGUCCAGCCUUGCUCAAGGGCUUACUCUCAUGACUGGACUGAGUGCCCAUUUCUUCACCCGGGGGAGAAUGCAAGAAGGCGUGAUCCAAGGAAAUAUUUUUAUAGUUGUGUCCCUUGUCCCGAAUUCCGUAAGGGAUCAUGUAAGCAGGGUGAUAACUGUGAAUAUGCACAUGGUAUUUUCGAGUCUUGGCUUCAUCCUGCCCAGUAUCGAACCCGUCUAUGCAAGGACGAGGCUAAUUGCACCAGAAGGGUCUGUUUCUUUGCUCACAACCAAGAUGAGCUUCGUCCCUUAUAUGCUUCGACAGGUUCAGCUUUGCCUUCGCCUGGAUCAUAUGGAGCUAGUGUUGAAUAUGGUUCGAUGAGCCCACUUAUUCCUGCCUCUCCAUCUGUUAUAAAACCUUCUACAUCAACACCACCCUUGACUCCUCCUGGGACUUCUUCUAUUAGUGGAGGGAUGUGGCCGAACCAGUCCAUUUUCAUACCUCCUACCUUGCAGCUUCCUAGUAGUAGGUUGAAAGCUGCUCGAAGUGCUCGAGGUAAGAAUUUAAACAUAGAAAUGUCUGGGGAAUUAAAUAGAUAUGGAGGGGUGAAGCCGAAUAAUCUUGAGGAUAUUUUUGGAUCUCUUGAUACUACCAAGCCUCCCUUGCAAGCAAUGUCACUCGAGACUGCUUCUCAAUUGCAGUCACUAACUGGAGUUCAAAUGCCCCCGAAUAUAAACCAGAAGCACCGCGAUAGCUACCCGACGAACCUAGCAUCCUCUCCUGUAUUGACAUCUCCAACCUUUGGGGUUGAAUCAUCUGGAACAACUGCAACAUCGAUUUUAAGUUCGAAGCGGACCAAAGGUGUUAUCGAGCGCCCUAUUGCAAAUCGUGGUUUAGGGUAUUCUACACCAACAUCUCCGGUGGGCGUAGUGCCUCCUAACCUUUCAGAUUGGAGUUCCCCUGAUGGCAAACUAGACUGGGGUAUACAAGGAGAAGAGCUAAACAGACUAAGAAAAGCCGCUUCUCUCGUGUUCUAAACGGUGGAAGCAAUUUGGAAAAUACAACAUUCUCAAUGUCAUUAAGCGGUGAUGAAUCAGAAAUGUCUCGGGUCAAGUCUCACAUGAACACCAUCCCUUCUACCAGGCAUUUUAGACUUGAGGAUCUGUCGCAGUAGCAAUGUCAUGACAAUGGGGUUCCAGAUAUGCUGAUUCCCUGGAUGAAACAAUUGUACAAGGACCAGGAUUAGUUGAUUAGCUAAAAGCAAACUUGGCUCCCCCGGUACAAAAAAUAA